UUGCAGCACUCGGAAGGAGUGAAUGACAUGUGCAGCUCGGGGCGUCAUUUCUAAAGGGAGGCGUCGUUCUCUGGGAGAGGAGUCCCCCAUGAGCCUGGCCGAGGCCCUGGAUCUGUGUGCAGUGGACUAAGGAUUUAGUAGGAUGUCAACUGAGACAGAACUUCAAGUAGCUGUGAAAACCAGCGCCAAGAAAGACUCCAGAAAGAAAGGUCAGGAUCGCAGCGAAGCCACUCUGAUAAAGAGGUUUAAAGGUGAAGGGGUCCGGUACAAGGCCAAACUGAUCGGGAUCGACGAGGUUUCAGCAGCUCGGGGAGACAAGUUAUGUCAAGAUUCCAUGAUGAAGCUCAAGGGCGUUGUGGCUGGCGCUCGUUCCAAAGGAGAACACAAACAGAAAAUCUUUUUAACCAUCUCCUUUGGAGGAAUCAAAAUCUUUGAUGAGAAGACAGGGGCCCUUCAGCAUCACCAUGCUGUUCACGAAAUUUCCUACAUUGCAAAGGACAUCACAGACCACCGGGCCUUUGGCUACGUGUGUGGGAAGGAAGGGAACCACAGAUUUGUGGCCAUAAAAACAGCCCAGGCGGCUGAACCUGUUAUUCUGGACUUGAGAGAUCUCUUUCAACUUAUUUACGAAUUGAAGCAAAGAGAAGAGUUGGAGAAAAAGGCACAAAAGGAUAAGCAGUGUGAACAAGCUGUGUAUCAGACAAUUCUGGAAGAGGAUGUUGAAGAUCCUGUGUACCAGUACAUUGUGUUUGAGGCUGGACACGAGCCAAUCCGUGAUCCCGAAACGGAAGAAAACAUUUAUCAGGUUCCCACCAGCCAAAAGAAGGAAGGUGUUUAUGAUGUGCCAAAAAGUCAACCUGUAAGUGCUGUGACCCAAUUAGAACUUUUUGGGGACAUGUCCACCCCUCCUGAUAUAACCUCUCCCCCCACUCCUGCAACUCCAGGUGAUGCCUUUAUCCCGUCUUCAUCUCAGACACUUCCGGCGAGUGCAGACAUGUUUGGUUCUGUAUCUUUCGGCACUGCUGCUGUACCCUCAGGUUACGUUGCCAUGGGCGCCGUCCUCCCAUCCUUCUGGGGCCAGCAGCCCCUCGUGCAACAGCAGAUCGCCAUGGGUGCUCAGCCACCAGUCGCUCAGGUGAUGCCAGGGGCUCAGCCCAUCGCAUGGGGCCAGCCGGGUCUCUUCCCUGCCACUCAGCAGCCCUGGCCAGCUGUGGCCGGGCAGUUUCCGCCAGCCGCCUUCAUGCCCACACAAACUGUUAUGCCUUUGCCAGCCGCCAUGUUCCAAGGUCCCCUCACUCCCCUCGCAACCGUCCCAGCCACGGGUGACUCCGCCAAGUCAAGUCCACAGACCGACAAGCCCAGACAGAAAAUGGGGAAAGAAAUGUUUAAGGAUUUCCAGAUGGCCCAGCCUCCACCCGUGCCCUCCCGCAAACCCGACCAACCCUCCCUCACCUGUACCUCAGAGGCCUUCUCCAGUUACUUCAGCAAAGUCGGGGUGGCACAGGAUACAGAUGACUGUGAUGACUUUGACAUCUCCCAGUUGAAUUUGACCCCUGUGACGUCUACCACACCAUCAACCAACUCACCUCCAACGCCAGCCCCUAGACAGAGCUCUCCGUCCAAGUCAUCUGCAUCCCACACCAGUGACCCUACCACAGAUGACAUCUUCGAAGAGGGCUUUGAAAGUCCCAGCAAAAGCGAAGAGCAAGAAGCUCCCGAUGGAUCACAGGCCUCAUCCAACAGUGAUCCAUUUGGGGAGCCCAGUGGGGAGCCCAGUGCUGAUAAUAUAAGUCCACAGGCCGGUAGCUAGAUAGCACAGGUCUGGGAGCUGGAGCCUCUCUAUGCGCAGAUACACAGACCUAAGAAAUAGCAUCAAUGCGGGCUCGUGGCGGGUGCUUCUUCAAGACUAGCAUGGAAAUCAGCAUCGCGACAGGCUCUUAUAUUCUUUCACCUCACUUCAUCCCACAAAGAAAUUCAUAAUUGCCCAAUGGAACUUGUUUGGAGGAAGGAACUAAGAGUUUUUGGCAACCAACAGCAGAUACCUAUGGCAGCACAACAAAACAAGGACACACAAAAGUAUAAGAAAAUUAUACCCAACGUUAAAUCACAAAUCAAGCAAAUGCUUACCCAACAAACAUUCUGAGCUCUCUAAAUGUGGAUUGAGAAUGACCCCCCUCCCCAAGUAUGCAAAAUCAUAAUUCUCUUUUUAUUUCUCUACAUGUUACCUGCUGUAGAGACGUCAAACUUGGAGUGACAGGCCUCAGAGUCUUACAGCAAGGUUGGCACUGACUUCUUUUAGGCAAAGGAAGAGGUCCUCUGUGACCACACUCUCAUCAUCCAUAUGCCUUUUGACAUGUGAUGAUGUUACUUUAUCACUGCACAGGGCCUGGUCUGCCAUUUUCUCCCUUUCCUUCCUUUGUCAUGUUUGAAAAUUAAUGGGUGUACAAAUUUUGUAUUGCUUUUGACUUUUUUAAGACAUUGAUGAAGAAACCUAAGUGGGGGAAAAAGUCUCAUAUGAAUGAAUUAACUUCAAAUCGCAAGACAAAUAAGUGGUUGAUUAUUCUUUAUGAUCAAGAAUGUUGCCAAAACAACCUUUUAGCUAUCUCUGCAUCCUGGUGAAGAAAAACAGCUUUCUGUUUGAACCCUCAUUCUGUGAGUAGGAAAGGACAUCAAGUCCCAUUGAUGAGAAAGAUGAAAAAUGCAUCUGAUUUCCUAAGAAGCUCUAAAUUCUAAGUACAAUGAAACAAUAUUUUUUAUUUUUCCGAUCUCUUGCUGCUGUGAUGCUAUGCAGACAAGUGUCUUCUCCACGUGCCAUUUUCAAAGAAAAGUCAUUUGCCAAAUAAUUCUGGUAUAAUCCUAGUAAUGUGGUCCUGGAUCUUAAAAACUGACUUUCUCAUGGAACAAUGGUGGCAUGAGUAUUCAGAAUAACAAACUGAUUCUGUGAUCAUAAUGGUUCAUCUCUAUCUCUUUUUGUACAUCAGAAAAUUCAAAUGGGAUUUUUAUUUUAUAACUUGAAAAUAAAACCUUACCAUUAAACUCUUUAAAUAUUUAAGGGAAAUGGCUUUAAGGAGUUCUAAUGAAAAAAAUUGCCAGGUGUUUUUCUUUUUGUAAAUAUAAAUGUUAAUGAAAAUGCUUUUUAACAAUGCCAUUACACUGUAGAGAAGGUAGCAGAUUAAGUGCAAGAUGUGACAAGCGUGAUGGAUGGGGCUGGCUUUCCAGAUGUUACUCUGGAGCAUAUGGGAGGAGGCUGGAGUUCAGGGACAGCUGGCAGCAGCAGCUGGCCAAUCAGCAGCUAGUGAACAGGAAGGGAGCAUGUGACUCCAUCAUCUCAUCUAGCAUUUCCACAAGAGUGCCUGCCCUCCGUGUAAAACAAGAACAAGGCAACUCACAUUUUGAAGGUCUGUCCUUCAGAUUCUAACCCUCCCUCCUGCCUCUCCACUCCCACCUUCUCCCACGGAAAUCACUGGACUAUUUGUACAUGAAACAGAAGAGUUUAAGCUUCCUUUUUUUACAUGUAUGAGACAGAAAAAGUGUAGUGUUUGGUUCGUAUGUUUAGCACAUGAUUUUCAUAAAGAAUCUAUAUAUUUUUGCCCUACAGAGAAUUGUUCUACAGGUCAAGUGUGUUUUCCGAUGUUCCUAUGCAGUUACAGUAUGUUGAAUUUAGUGGUUUAACACUAAGAAGAAAACUUUAAAGAAUCAUGUAAUUAAUUGGAUUUGAGGGUAAUUACUAUUAUUUGGUUUUAAAAUUUGAAAAUUAGAAUUUAUAUUGAUAUGAUUAACUUAAAUAGGCCUGCGUACUUUGGUUCCUCAUAUCAAUAGAAACUGAAAUGCUUUGGAAGAAGGUAAACUUGCUCGCAAAAAAAAAAAAAUUGAUAAGUCCAUGUGGUGGUUACUAUUGGAAGCCCAAAUUUUACAUUAUCAGGUCACUGGAAUCCAACUUUUUUCCAGUUAGGUAAACUGACCAAAUGUCCAUUACGGAAUCCAUGUAAAUGUCAUCCUAAGGCAGAAGGUCUGAAGAACCAGAAAAGUGAGAAGGGCCAUUUCCCUCCCUCCGUAGCUAUCACUGUUGGUCCACAUGACUCCUCCAGAAAAGUGCAUGCAUUUGACAAUGAAGUCAUCUUUUCACAUGAAGGAGGAAAUGGGAAAGGCGUGAGAACCAUAAGAGAUGUCCUGAAACCAGUUUGAUGGUGUUUUCUGGGGAUUUAAUAAGAUGGGCAGUUCCCAUGAGGAAAUGGCUUACAUUGCUAUGUUGUCCGUAAUUCAGAUUCUAAACAAGUGGUGCUAUCUUCUCCCUCAAUAUGGCUGUCUUGAGUGUGUCUGGCAGUAUUACCCCAUUGUACAGAUUCUUUGGGUUGCUUCUAACACAUUCGAAGUGAACCUUGGCAGAGGUCGCUGUAUCAGUUAAAAACCGUUCUAGAGCCAAUGUCAUAGCAGAAGGUGAGAGCCCAGUGAACUCACCAUUCAUUGAAUGUGACUGAAAAUGUAACUGGCUCUGAGCUUAAAAUGUAUGGUCCAUGUGAUGCAUUCCAGUGAGGGAAAUAAAAUCAAGUUGUUAGACUGCCAUCCGUGUUAUCAUUGGCAGAAUUCUGAUGUUUAACAAGCACUGUUUGGUGAGCUCAGAACCACUGUAUUCUAUUCCAGGAGUACAGUGGAAUUUCCAAAUAAGAGCUGAGGUGCCAAUACCAAAGGGUCAUGGGGAGUCUGCACAGUUCCAGUUAGAUUGAUAGAAAAAUCCAUGUGUCCAGCUGUUAAUUUCUCAUCCUCCACUAGCACUAAAUUUGUCACUUUAAAUUUUGAAACCAGGGAAACGCCACCUGUCAUUCUGUUCCCACUCCCCAUAGCUCUUCAAUCUUUACAUGCCGCAAGACUUUUGUGACGAUUCGUACUCAUCCCAGUGUCUGCUGAAACCCCAUCAUGUCAUGUACCGGGCACCUUCUUUAAAAAAAAAAUGUUUACUCUGUGGGUUUGGUUCAUUUCAAUUUCUGCGUUCUGACACCUAUUUUUUUAAUAAAGAUGAGAAAGAGAAAUGACUGUUGCCGUACAUUUCUAGACCUACUUUAACUUUACCUCAGAUGACAGUUUGUUAACAUAUAUGGACACAUUAUUUUUAACUUUAUGUACAAUGCAUUCAACAGAACAGCGAAAUUUUUAGAAAUUUUCCAUUAAUUUCUGUAACACACCAUGUAAAACUUACAAAUAAACAUGUUUGAGAACAACA